AUGUUGCCUGGAGAAUAUAAAUAUUUGAGUAUUAUAGCUAGAACAUGGAAUGAAGUCUAUUUGGCUGAAAAUGUAAUAUCGAAUCAAAAAUACUGUAUCAAACAAGUUUUGAUUGAUUCCUAAUUAAAAGAAAGGUUUUCAUAAGAAAUUUAGAUUUUGUAAAAAAUUAAGACUAAUCCUCAUCCUAAUAUAAUUGCAUUUGAGGAUAGCUUCUACUAUGAGAAAGUUACUACAUAGGAUAAAGUAAGAAUAUGCCAUUUUAAUGCAGUCUAUCACUUUUGGGUGUAUUGUGAUGGAAUUGGGAAUAACCAAUUUAUCUCAAUACAUUAAAUCUAAGAAAUAGUCUGAUCCAGAUUUUAGAUUUAAAGAAUAAGAUGUGGCUAAUUUUUAUAUCUCAAUGAUUAAGGCUCAUAAACAUUUAUAAGAGAUGAAAAUAGCUCAUAGAGACAUAAAGCCUGAAAAUAUUAUACUAGUAAAUGAUGAGAAUUUAAUUUUUAAAGUUUGUGAUGUAAUUUUAUUAUUAUACCAAGCAAGGUGGGUUUUGGUACUGAAAUUAUAGAUGAGGAAUCGAGAUCUCGUACUAUUGGAGGGACUAUAGGGUAUCAAUCUCCAGAAAUCUAUGCAGCAUUUAAAAGGAGAAAACCAUAAGCAAAAUAUAAUCCUUAUAAGAGUGAUGUAUUCUCAUUAGGAUUAGUUUUUCUUUUGUUUGCUACCACUUAAGUAAUUAACAAAUAGGUAAAUGAUAAGAUUUAAAUAAAUAGCAAAGAGAAGAGUUAUUUGAUGAUGAAAUAAAGUUGUUUAAUUAUUUAAAAGAAUUAAGAAGAAAGAUCAAGGAAACUUAUCCUCGUAUUAAAGGGAUUUCAAAGAUUUUAAAAUUAAUGUUGGAAAUUUCACCAGAUGAAAGAUAUGACUUUAUAUAAUUAAAUGAAAUUAUUCAUGAAAGAUCAUAUCUUGAAGUAAAAUAGGUAUAAUUAGGAAUUAUAUUGAUUAGCCUGCAAAAAUAAAUCAUUAACAUUUACAGUCCAUAACAUAAUUUGAAGAUUUUUAAUUAGAUAUUAAGAAUAAGGAAGAUGUUCAAUUAGAUUUAAAUGGGAUGUAAAAUAAAUCACAAGAUGAGUUACUUAAGGUUUUAGAGACAAUCACACAAUAAGUGAAGAAUUUUUAGAUGGUCACUUUGCAAAUAAAAUUAGAGAUGAGUCAUUUAAAUGUAAGAACAGUUGCUCCAUUAGAGAAAUUAUUAAGUAGAGCUUAAAAUCUAAAAGAAUUAUCUUUGCAAUUAUGGAAGUAUUGAAAUAUGUCUAAAAUCAAAGUAAUAGAUUAGGAAAUUUGGGUUUGUUGAUGUUGUCAAAGGCAAUAAUGAAGAUGGUGGGUUUGAAAAGAUUAAACUUAGAAAUAUCAAAUAAUAUGCUUUCAGAUGAAGGAAUCAAUAAUUCUUUACCUCUUCUAGAGAAUUUGUCAUAAAUGGAAGAACUUCGUUUGGAUUUUGGAUUGUAUAUGUAUGUUAAUAAAUGAAGAAACCAUCUUCCUAUGGAAUGUUGCGAAGCUUUUUUUACAGUGAUUUGUGCAAUGCCAAAAUUAAAGAAAUUGGAUCUCAAUUUAGAAAGCAAUUAUAUGAAUCAAGUGUUAUCAAAGAUGGUUAAUUAAUCACUAAAGAAAUUACCAAAUUUAAGUCAUUUGAUCAUUAACUUUUCAAAGUAUGAAGAUUAGAUAUAUAUAUUAGCAAUCCAAUGCAUAAUGAAGGAUUGUAUGAAUUAGGAGAAAGCAUAUCAGAAUUAGAGUAUUGUGAAUUGAUUUUAUGGAGUUGUUAAAUAAAAGAUAUAGGAAUGGAAGAGUUUGCAAAAGGGUUAUAGAAAUGUUAAAAAUUGAAAUAAUUGAAUUUGGUAUUAUGGAAUAAUUCAAUUACUAAGAAAGGUUGUGAAGCUUUGGGAUAGGCAUUAUUAAAAUUACCUAAGCUUUGUAUAUUGGUGAUUGAUUUAUCUAAGAAUAAGAUUGAUGAUGAUGGUGUAAGAUUUUUGGCUAAGGCAAUUCAUGAGAUGUAAUAACAAUUGAGAGAAUUAAAACUUUGGAUUGAAAAGUAUGAUUUAUUAAUUAUUAUAUAAGUGUUAAUUGUACUUCUUAUGGAUUGAGAUAUGUGAAUAGAUUUAUGACAACUCAGAGGAAAUUGAGAAUUAUUAAUAUGAACUUUAGAUCUAAUCAGAUAGGAUUAAAUGGAAUGGAAUUAUUGUAUAAUUGUUUUGGAGAAGCAGUGCAAUUAGAAGAAGUAAAAUUGAUUUUAGAUCAGUAAUUAUAAAAUUAUAUUUAGCAAUCCUUUAGGUGAUGAAGGAGUGGAUACCUUAUUUAAGGGAUUAUAAAAGUUGAGAGAAUUAAAAAAGUUGAUUUUAGGUUUAGAGAGUGUUUAAGGAACUGGGGGUUCAGUUUCUGUGAUGCUAUAAUCUAUAAAAUUAUGGUCUGAAUUGAAAGAGAUGCAUGUGAAUUUUUUAAAGUAAUAUAAUUGAAUAAUCUUAGAAAUCAAACUGAUUAGGGAGAUGAAUUAAAUUUGAAUAAUAGAUUGUUAGAAUUGUAGACAGCGGCUAAGAUUAACAUUGAAUUAAAGUUUAUAAAUAAAUAGUGA